AUGGACCUGGUGGGAAACGCUUCCACGUCGUUGGGCGAGCCGCCCGAUUCCGGAUAUUUGCUAGUAAAUUCUGAAAUGGACAUGCCCAGCCAGGAGUUGAUCAACGCCUACUGUGAUCUGACACCACCGGAUCGAAGAUGGUAUAUGGUGGCCGUUGCCGGGACUUCUCUGUCGAUCAUCUCGCUAAUUUCAAAUUUGAUCAUCGCUCGGGUACUACUCUCUGCUAAGCGUGGUCACUUCUUCUUCCUCGGACUUCUUGCUCUGUCCGAUGCUUUCAUAUCCUCAAUGUACGGGCCGGUGAUCGCGAUGGACAUUAUCAAAGAGCGACUCGGGUACAUCUGGCUGACCAAGAUCUACUUGUGGUAUGUGGGGACGAUGCUCGCGCUGUGCCACACCGCCAUGACCUUCUCCUGUUACCUCAUCAUUUUGGGUACAUUGGAGCGGUUGUUGAUCACGCAAAAGGCAGCCUGUCUACCAUCUUUUCGACGUCAUCGUGGUGCAUGGGCAGCUUUUAUGGGCGGGCUGGCGCUGAUCUUUAAAGGGACCAUGUACCUUGAGGUUACGGUCCUCAAAAACCCAUACAACUGCACGGGCACCGCCGAGUACGUUGCCGGGAUGACGCAAAUUGUCGAAAACUACUUCUACGGCGACAUUUUCAAGUUCUACAUCCGAAAUCUGGCCACCGUGUUCGUACCCUUCCUCGUGUUGGCUUAUAUGAACUUCCAAAUCGUGCGCACGCUGCAGCAGCAGCGCCAUUCUGCAGAAAUGUUCCGGUUUGCGUGUAGUGAGCAUAAGCGAAAAGUGCGCAGUGCCACCCGUCUUCUCGUAUUGGUCGUAUGCGGCUAUCUGGUGGCAAACACGCUAAACCUGUUCGUGACCGCGUGGGAAUAUGUGGAUAUGGAGAGCACACAAUCUGAAGAUUAUUACGAGAUCUAUGAAAUGUUGACCGACAUCAUCUCGGUGUUGUUCAUCUUCACGUGCGCCACCCGGCUCUUCGUGUACUGUAGCUGUAAUAAGGAAAUUCGCGAUAUGGUGUUGCGGUAUCUUGGAGGCGGGGAGAAGACCGUAAAGAAACGAUAUACAGUCUCGACCUCGCAAAGGACUCGACUGCCAAGCGGGACUCCUUUCGAUCGGGUAGCCGUUGCGGUGGCGAGGAGGUUGAUGUCUGGAGGUGGAUCCGAAAUCCCUCUAAAGGAAGAGGAACAUAGCCCACUUCACUCGGUCGUCUACUCCAACAAUUACACAUCAAAGGACGUCUGCCAAAUC